AUGGCGAACGUACGUUUCGCCGUCGGUAUUCAAAGGCUGAUACCGUUCCUGGGAUAUCACCAUGUGUUGAUGAUCCUCAUCGCACUGGCAAUCAUACUACUCUCACUAUUACUGGCAGGCUGUUCAUCCUCGUCACCCUUGAUCCCCUCCAUCUUCCUCAUAUCCUUCUACUAUGAAGCAUACACACCCACAUAUGACCCAACGCAGGUCAACCCAGGUGUCACAGCCGCAAUCACCAACAUUGUCGGCCGUGCUUCGCUCGAAGUACGAGUUGGAUACUUUGGACUUUGCGUCCAACCAGAUGAUGGCAGCUUCCUCUGUUCAAACAACGCCACGCUGCUCGCCGAACAAAUCUCCCUCGAUGCGGACCCGUUGAAUCUCAUCUGGGUGGCCAACACCUUCAAGAACAGCGUAGUGUUCCCCUAUCUCAUCAUCGUUGCUCUUGUCCUUGCCUUUGUCACGUUCCUUCUCCUGGCGACCUUCCCCGGCUGGCACGAGGAGCAUGACGCCAACACCGGCUCUGACAUCGAUAUCAAGCCUUUCCCAUCACGGCCCGUCUCGCAAGUCGCACUGKCACUCAUCUUCAUCUCCUCCAUCUUUGUGCUUGUUUCAGUAUUAUGGCAGCACACAGCGUCCGUAGCCGCCGCGCAAGUGGCGCAAGAUUUUGGAAAUGGAGCGGUGAAGAGUGGUGUGGGUACGAGCGCCAUGGUACUGGGAUGGUUUGGAUUCUCGCUGCUCAUCAUUGUUACGGUCGGCUUGCUCGUUAUGAUUCUGAGCAUUCACUUGCUAGACAAGUUGACGGACGAAUGA